ACUCCAUAUUUGAAACCAAGAGAAAAAGAAACAAUGUUGUUGUGUGGCAUUCUCUCCGCCAUCACUCUCAUUUAUCUCUUCUUCAUCCGUUCAAAGAAUACUAAUACUAAUACUAAUAAACCACGGUUUCCACCGGGUCCUCGAUUAACCAUCCCCAUCAUCGGCCAUCUUCACCACCUCCUUCGCCCACCGCCGCAUCAGACCUUCCACAAGCUUGCGGCGGAGUACGGUCCCUUGAUGCACCUCAGGCUCGGCUCCGUCUCGGCCAUCGUUGUUUCAUCACCUGAAAUGGCACGAGAGGUCCUGAAAACUCACGACGCCGACUUCGCCAACAGGCCGCAGACCCUCGCUGCACGACGCUUCGCGUACGAUGCAGCGGGGUUCGCCUUUGCACCCUAUGGACCUUACUGGAAGUUCUUGCGUAAGCUGUGCAUGUCGGAGUUACUGGGGAGCCGCACGCUGGACCAGCUUCUGCCGGUUCGGCGCCUAGGACUGCAUGAGUUACUGAAGGCGCUGCUAGAUGCGGCGCGGAGAAAGGAGGAGGUGAAUGUGAGCUGGGAACUGGUGAAGAUGGCAAAUGCUACGGUGAGGAGGAGUCUAACUGGAUCAACGGCAUCGCCGGAUGAUGGAGAGGAGGCUGAGGAGGCGAUGGAACUAUCAAAGCAGGUGAGUGUUUUGGUGGGGGCGUUCAAUUUGAGUGACUUUAUCCCGGCGUUGGGGAGUUGGGACUUGCAGGGACUUGGGAAGAAGAUUGAAGACGUGCACAAGAGGUUCGAUGUGAUGAUGGAAAAGAUCAUACUGAGGAAAGAUGACAAGAGAAAAAGAAGAAGAAAGAAUGCUUCUGAUGAUAUAAAAGACCUGGUCGAUAUCAUGCUUGACGUCUCAGAGGAUGACAACGCGGAGAUCAAGCUCACUAGAGAAAACAUCAAAAGUUUUGUCUUGGAUAUAUUUACGGCAGGAUCAGACUCAUCGGCGGCGACACUGGAGUGGGCACUGGCGGAGUUGGUAAACCAUCCGGAGAUGCUGGAGAGAGCAAAGUCAGAGAUAGAUGAAGUUAUUGGGAAAGAUAGGAUUGUGGAGGAGAGUGACAUUCAAAAGCUUCAUUACGUGCAAGCCAUCGUGAAGGAGACUCUGAGGCUUCAUCCUGCAGCAGCCUUUGCAAUGCGAGAGUCCAUUAAUGACGUCAGGAUCAAUGGUUAUGAUAUCCCCGCUGGUUGCUACGUCUUCAUCAAUAUUUGGUCAGUGGGGAAAGACCCUCAUUACUGGGAGGACCCACUGGAGUUCAGACCUGAAAGGUUCCUUCUUGAUAAUAAUAAUAAUAAUAAUAAUAAUAAUAAUAAUGUGGACUUUAGAGGGCAGUAUUACCAAUACCUGCCUUUUGGAAGUGGGAGGAGAGUUUGCCCGGGGAUGAACCUGGCGCUGCAUGCCAUUCACGCAACACUGCCCGCACUCAUACAAUGUUUCGAGUGGAAGCAGCAAGACAAACUGGAUAUGUCCGAAGGCCUUGGAGUGGUCAUUCCCCGGGCGAAGCCCAUCGUCUGCGUGCCUGUUGCUCGCUUGGACCCUUUUCCCUCUCUGACCGUUUGAGAAAGCCUCUUUUUUUAUUAUUUUAAAUAAGACACGAGUCACGUUGUUAUGGUAAUAAUUAACAGUGAUGAGUGUAUAUCUAUUCUGCUACAUAACCCUUGUACGAGUAAAAGAUCUGUAACUUUAUUUAGCCAUAUAUGAUUAGUAGCAGGAAUAAAUAAAGGCUUUCAAUCAA